GAUAUAUCACACCUACAAGACCAUCUGUCAUUUAUUUAUUCAUUCGAUAUCAAGACGCAUCAGUCACUUAUUACAACAUCAAUCACAUCAUCAUCAUCAUCAUCAUCCACUAUAACAACAGUCAACAAGCCUGCCCGAGCGCUGUCGCCUAUUCUUGCACCAAGUGACCAACAACAAGUUCAAUCAACAACACCAUUCAAAAACGUCAAAAUGAACCGCCAACAACCUGCCCGCCUCCUCACCACCUCCGCUCGCGUUUACCCCAGCUCCCUCCCCCACCUCUACCAAGCCUCCCACAAAUCCUCCAAGGGUCUCAAAUGGCUUCCACCCCUAGUCGGCAUCGCCGCCAUUGGCUACGGCAUCAGCACCUACCGUGAAGCCCAAAUGCAACGGCGCGUGGCGGCCAUGGAGCAAGCCGAGUUGGAGAGACAGCGCCGCGCGAACAUGCUGGCGGACGCCUAUGGUGACCGUGGCAGUCUUGAGGAUAUGGAGCGGGCUAUUAGGGCUUAUGAGGCCCAGCAGAGGCAGUGAGCGAGCGAGUUUUGUGAUCUCAUCGCUGCUCUCUGUCGUGAGCCGCCGACGCAUUCAUACGACAUGACGGCGACGGCGAAACUGAUCGACUGAGGCGACAAAUGAUGUUGAGCCCGACCAUCAUGCCAUGAUUUACGACAAUUUAGCGUUCUUGUUAGUUGGGGGAUGGUGUUUUCGGCGUUUUGGGGCCCAAGUCAUCGGACGGGGCUGAUUUUCUUUUGUUUUGGUUUUUGGGAGUAUCAUGGGAACCGGAUGGGGGACAUGCAUCAGCGUCAGAAGCAUUGCAUACCUGCGUGCGCGCAGUCUGAGCCAUGCGAUUUUGUUUUGAGUAUUUUUCUGGUAUAUCUUGAAGAACGAAUACCCACGGGUGUUGUUUGUGUCGCUGUGGAAGAAAGGUGUGAGAAGUCACACUGGCCGACGCCUGAUUCAUUUGAGCAUCGUCAGGAUACAAAAAAAAAAAAAGGGGGGGGGGGGGGGGGGAGAAGAAGGCGAAAGCAGGACGACAUGCCCAUCACCAGCUUUUGCGCCGCAUGUUUUCCCUCAUCUUCAUCUUCAUUCGACGUGUUAGCACUUUAGGCUUCACUAUCACCAAAUUUACAUAGGUGCCCGGUAUUUUGAGGGCGUAAAAUAUCACAACAUUUGAAUG